AUGUUUAAAAUAAAUGAAAAAUUAUUAUCCAAUUCAAUUAUUCUUUGUAAGUAGUAUUAUAAUGACAGUUGUACUUACAAUAAGAUGUACUUUUUCAGCCUUAUUUGUAUGUUUGAUUUUGAAUAUUUUAGAAUGCUUAGCUUCCCUUAUCUUUAUCAAGAAGCAUACAACUUUUGUGAUUGUCAUUCAUAAACUAUCAAAUAUAGCACUAAUAACAUCAUUUUUCUUUUAACGUACUUUUUAUGAUUGCACUACUUUAAUACUUUACAUAAUAUCUGAUACACAACCUAUUUUAGCCUUAAUUGAAAAAAAAUAAUUUUUCUUAAAUUUCUAAUAUGCUGUAAUAUUUUAUGCAAGCGUAAGUGCUACUUUAAAUAAAUAAUUGAAUGAUCAAUUAUUUUUAAUAAUGACUAUGUUUGUAUAUUUUAUAUCCUCAGCUCCAUAAUAAAUAUUUUGGUAAAUAGCUGAUAAAAUUACAAAUAAAAGUUCAAUCUAGUUGUAAUAAUCAUCAAUAUAAAAUCGUUAACUAUAAAAUCAAUUGAAUUAAUUACAAUUUUAAUCAUCAAAUAAAGAAAUGAAAGAAUUUAUAGAAUUAGAUUAACCUAAUUCAGCUAAAAUGGAUUCAUUUCUUGAUAAUCAUGAAUUACCAUUUAAAAAAUCAAAUAUAUCAAUUUAAUUAUCUUCAGGAAGACCAUUAAAAUAAUCAGAAUAAAUAUCUAUUGAAAUUUGUCAUUAAUCUUAAUUAUAAGAUAAAAUAUGGAAACAAAGAUUAAAGAGUAUACCUGUUGGAAUUGCCUUAAUAGAUAAAAAUACAAAUGAUUUUACUUAUAAAAAUUAAUAUCUAGAUUAAAUGAUGACUAAAACUCUUUAAUUAGAACUUGAAGAUUAUCCAGCAUAUUUAUUAAAUUAAUUAAAAUUUAAAGUUAUUGAUUAAGGAUCUGAAUACAAAAGAAGUUAUUACACACAUUAUUUUAGUAUGAAAUAAAGUAAAGCAAAUAUUUAAGUUGAAUUUCCAGGAAGAACUUUAACAUAAUCUUAUCAUACACAUAAAAAGAAAGGUUCAGAAUCUUCUAAAAAUAUAAGCGAAUUUGAAAUUCAUCAUCCAUAAAAAGUUUAUUCACUUAAUCAAAUUAUAAAUAAAUUAUAAGAUGGAUUCUUUGAUAAUUAAUUAAAUGAUUAAGAUCAUACUUUAGAAUUAUAUUGUAAAUAUUAAUUGAAUGUUAAUAAUAUUAUACAUUUGAAUCUUAAAGUACUCUAUAGUCCUGAUUAAGUUGAAAUGACAGUUAUUAUUUAAGAUUAUACAAGAUAAAAUAAAUUAUAAAGAAUAGAAGAAUAAGAAGAAUUCAAAUCUAAAAUGAUUAGUUCAUUUAGUCAUGAAUUAAGAACUCCAUUAAAUAGUGCAACAUUAUUUUUUAAAUCAGCAUUACUUGAUAAUCGAUUAGAUAAACAUAUUAGAGAUGCUUAUAUAUUACCAGGAUUAUCAUCAUUAAUGAGAUAAUCACAUCUUGUUAAUGAUAUAAUAGAUUUUUCUUAAAUUAAUGCUGAAAUAUUAGAAUUAAAAUAUUCUGAAUUUUAUUUAAAAGAAUUAACAUAAGAAUUAACAUAAUUAUUCAAAUUUGAAUUUAAAGCUAAAAAAAUAGGAUUAGCAUUUAAAGUGGAUUAUAAUAUACCACCAACAAUUAAAUCUGAUUAUUAAAGAUUACUUUAAAUAUUAAUUAAUCUACUUUAUAAUGCAUUAAAAUAUUCACAACAUGGUUAUGUUUUAGUAACUAUUAAAGCAGAUAAUUAAUAUAAUAAUAUAUAAUUUACAAUUGCUGAUGAAGGAGUAGGUAUAACAUCUUCAAAAUUAAAUUAAAUUUAAAAUGUAUUAAAAGAUCAUCACACUUCUACUUAAGAUUGGAAUGGUUUUGGAUUGAUUUUAUCUUAAAUGUUAUUGAGAUAUUUAGGACCUCUUUAAAAUAAUGAUUUAAUUAUUAAUUCUUUAGGUUUAGGAUUAGGAACAACAGUAUAAUUUAAAAUAUCAAAUCAUAUCAAUAUUUAUGAUUAUUAUGUUAAAACAAGAAAAAAUAUUAAAACACAUGAUUAAAUAUUGACAUUACCUGAUUUAGAUGAAUAUAAUGGAUUAUUAAUUACUAUUAAAAGUUAAACAGAAAGUAAAUAAAUAUUAAAUAAAUCAUUAACAUCAUAUACUGCUAUUGAUGAAUUUAUGAAAAUUCCUGAUGCUUAAACUCAUUUAGUUUCUGAAUUAAAUCUAUUAUAUAAAAAUGGAUGGAUUGAUAAAACUAAAAGUUUUAAAAUUUAAAAAUCAUAAGAAUAAAAGUAUUAAAAAUGUAAUUGUAGAACUAUUCUUUCAGUUGAUGAUGAAAUAUUUAAUUAAUAAUCCUUAACUUGUAUAUUAUAAAAAUUCAAUUUUGAAAUUGAAACUGCUUAUAAUGGUUAAUAAGCAAUUAAAAUGAUUGAAUAAAAAAAAUCAUGUGGUUUAUUAUGUCGAAAAUAUUUACUUAUUUUAAUGGAUUGUUAAAUGCCUGUAUUAGAUGGUUGGUAAACCACAAGAAUAUUAAAAUAAAAGUUUUAAUAAGGACAACUUAAACCAAUUCCUAUUGUGGGUUUUACUGCAUUUACUAGUAAAUCAGAUCUUGAAUAAUGCAAAUAAGUUGGAAUGAUAGAAGUCUUAAAUAAACCUUUAUAAGUCAAGAAACUAAAAUGUAUAAUGGAGAAACUCAAUUUAUUAUGA